AAAUUAAAUAUAAAUAAAAAUGGACUCUCUUUACGAAAAAUAUCAAAAAGAUAUCAGAAUGCCGUGUAAAUACGGUGCAAAAUGCUACCAGAAAAACCCUGUGCAUUGUGGAAAGUACAAGCAUCCUCCUACUAAGAACAAGGCUAGCCAAGGGGAUAGACAACCUAGAAAAAAAAUCAAAUUACAAGUCAAAGCUCCAACUACACAAAAUGAUUCAGAUUCUGACAGCAAUGCAGAACCCAGCAAUUCUAAUCUGCCAGAGAAAGUUGUCAAUAAUGAUGUAUCCGAAUCAGAUGAAGAUUCUAUGAAUAAUUAUGUGUCUGAAUCUGAUGAAGAAGCUAUGAACAAGGAUGUGUCAGAUGAAGACACCAAUAAGAUGAAUAUGUUGAAAUCAGAUGAAGAAACUGAGAACAAAUAUACCUCAGAAUUGAAUGAAGAAAAUAAAAAGAAUGAUGUGUCAGAAUCAGAUGAAGAAACUGAUGAAGCAUCUAUGAAGACAGCACUAUUAAAUGAUAAAAAUGAGGCUACAUUCAUAAAGAAACACUUCUUGACAGACAUGCCUCAAGAUUUCUACCAGUUUUGGGAUUUUUGUAGGAAUAUCAAACCAGAAAAUCCCAGGGAAGCUCUCAAACCUAUAGGGCUUUUCCUGGUUGGCCCAUUUGAUGUACUUGCUGGCAAGUUUUGGGAUGCUGAGCCUGAUAGUGAUUUUCUGAUCCAUUGGAGGUAUUUCCGAGAUCCACCAGAGUUACAGACAGUACUUAAAGGAGAUGCAAGUACUGGUUAUCAUAUUGGGUAUUUCAGAGAUUCUCCAGAUGAAAAUCCUGUAUUCUUAGUAAACAAUCAGGCAAAUAAAGAUGGAAUCCUGCAUCAGAUGGGAUCCAAUAUUUUUGCAGCUGUGAAUUUUUAUCUUGAGGAUUUGAAAAAAUCUGGAGAUCCAUUCAAAAAAAUGUACAUAGGCAAGAUUCAGUCUGCAUUGAAGAGUGAAGCAGAUAAAUUGAAAAUUGAUUUGUCUAAAAAAACACCCAGUAUGGUUGCCAGAGAGAAAAAGAUUGUGACCAGAACUUUCAAUAAGAUUGGACUGGUAGUACCCUAUGAUAAAAAGACUGAACAAGGAUAUAGAGCAUUAGCCUUGAACAACAAAGAUUUGAACACCCUAUUCACUAAACUGCAAAACUCGAAAACUGAAGAAGAAAAAGAAAAAUACCUGUCUGAACUCCAACCAGUCUUAACUUAUGCCAGUAUAGCGACCGAUGAGUGUGAUUUUGGAACAGGAAUUGAACUUGGAUGGAAUAUCAUAAGUCAUGGAGUGGAAUGUUUGAAUUUCUCAGCAAGCAGAUUUCUCAAAUUGAACUAUGAGCUGCUUAAAAGGGAGGCCUUUGGUCAAAUUGCUGUAGCCCAUAUGAAGAAUCGAAGGAAGGGAAGCAAUUUGAGUAUACUUUAAUGUUUUACUUAUGUGGUUUUUCAACACCAAUUGGAUUUUUAAAUUUCCAUCACUUUUUUUGUGGAAUGAACUGCUCUGAAUAUAUAUGUUUUUUCAUUUUAUCAACUGAAUUAUUCUUAAAAUAUCAACACAUCUACCAAUUCAAUGUUUUUAAUGGGUUUUUAUAGUUAACUGUGGGAAAAAAAGAUAUUAAAAAAUUCACAAUGAACUCAUAGGACCUCUCAUUCAUGUUUCUGAGAUACAGGUUGAUUUGGAAGGUGUUUCCAUUUUGAAAACAUUCCCUUUAGUGUUUUUCUUAUGUGAUUUUUCAACACC